CCGUGGGUAUUUUCUACACAUCAAACUUGAGAUGUGUGAUGCGGAUGUUUUUAUUCGCUGAUUUUACUGACUGAAUACGAUUGUGGGUAUAUGAGACCUGCCUCUUACCUCUUCAUGACGAACCGCUUCUUUAUUGACACCAUUUUAAUGUCACCAAACACAAGGCAUUUUCUACACAUCAAUCUUGAGAUGUGUGAUGCGGAUGUUUUUAUUCGCUGAUUUUACUGACUGAAUACGAUUGUGGGUAUAUGAGACCUGCCUCUUACCUCUUCAUGACGAACCGCUUCUUUAUUGACACCAUUUUUAUGUCACAAGACACAAGGAAUUUUCUACACAUCAAUCUUGAGAUGUGUGAUGCGGAUGUUUUUAUUCGCUGAUUUUACUGGUGAAUACGAUUGUGGGUAUAUGAGUCCUGCCUCUUACCUCUUCAUGACGAGCCGCUUCUUUAUUGACACCAUUUUAAUGUCACCAAACACAAGGCAUUUUCUACACAUCAAUCUUGAGAUGUGUGAUAUUGGUGUUCUUUUGUAUUUGAUGAAUAAAAUAAAAAUGCAAGGCCCCCGUCGCUAAUUCUAAACUGGAGGGGCCAGGAAGAGAGUUUUCUCUUAACCACCCACCCCCAGCCCCGUUCUGGGAAACAAUUUUUUUGAUGCUGUUUUACUUUGAACUUUGGCUAAAUGUUUUUUAUAAUUUAUAGAUUUAUCUAUAUUAAUAUUUUCAGCUAAAUUGUUUGUUAAGUUUGAAAAUAGGGAGGCUAUGGCCUCCUGCCCCCCCCCCCCCUGGGGCGUUGGCCCUGAAAUGCAUCGAUGGACUGCCGAAUUUCUAAAUAGCUUUAGUUGUAUAGGUUAUGCAAUAUAAUAAUGCUUAACCUAUUGAAAAGUACCUGAAAUUAACUGAGAUGCAUGGCAAAUUGCUUGUGGCUGUGGCUUUUCAUUUGUGCGAUUCGUUCAAUGCAAGUACCAUAAACAGGGAAUACUAAUGCAGAAGGAGGCUGAGACGGCUUAUCCACUUUGCCUAGAUUAAAUUUCGAAAGCAUCCCAGCCAUUUUCUAUUUGCAUUCAGCAUUUUCAGCCACUUUAUCUACUUAUGCUUUGUGAAUAUUACUAUCUUGAUAUAAUUCAGUGUGCCUUGAUAACAAUACUGGCACCUGAAAACAAAGGUCUUUGCAAGUUACUUUUGGCUGAUAUAACAUUUAAAUCUUGAAAUCCAGCAUAUAUAAUCUUGUCAAUUGUGUUAUGUCAUGUUAUGCCAGCGUCAUUAGAAGGUUUGCUAUACGGUGUCACUCGAAGCCCUUUAGCCGUAAUGUUAAUAAGAUAUGUCUCAUUGAAAAUUUAAGACGACACUUUGUGAGAAAAUGGAUUAUUGACAUUGUAGCAAUACUGUACAAUCAGCGUGCUAUUUAUUAAUACCUGACACAUGGAACCAGUUUAACAUGUCUUCUAUCGAAGUUAUCGGGAAUAUAGCAAACAGCCACAUGCUGGUCUUAACUUUAAUUCUUAUCCAUCUUGUAAACAUCUACCUGCUUGAACACUCAAAACCAGAACCCACUGGGAGUGUUUUUAGUUUAAACCAGAGAAGGUAACAUAAAACGGAGAUUUGGUUGUUUCAAAACGGGAUCAUGAAGUGGCAUGAAAUGUCUAUACCAGACAGGAUAUUCGCAAAUGAAAGAACGCGAUGUCCUGCCUCACUGUCGGUGUCUUGGGUUCAAAUUCCGCCAUAUAUUUACAAUACAACUGACGGCAGACCUGGUGGUAUCUUUCAAAAGAUACUUGGCAGCAUGGUGAAAAAGUGUUGUGAAGAUAAAACCAAUCUAAUCUACUCCAAUAGCACAUCAGACCUCACUCAGUUUCAAGUUGUUCUGCAAAAUGGCACAGAUGACAUAUAUCUGCCAGUUUAUGGCGACGGGAAACAGAAAUUUAAAUUUGGCAGCCCAUUUAUAUCUAUAGUUGAUUCUCCUGGUAUCGCAUACUUCUAUGGGAAUCUAGGCUCAGCACAAGAAGAGACAUUAAAAGCAUUUGCAACUUCAUGGCCUGUUCUUGUGGUUGUGUUACUAUUGGCAUUUACGAUUGGUACCGCUUUCUAUAUUGCGGAAGUUGCUCGCUUCUCUUCUGAGAAUGGUAAUGAAAAUUAUUGCGAGAAAAGCACGGGAAGCCGAUUGAAAAAUGCUUUAUCUCAAUCAGUAAGGGGACCUCUUCAUGGCUUUUACUGGGCAAUGGUCACACUGACUACAGUGGGGUACGGAGACUUGACCCCAAAGACAGUGUUGGGUCGCAUUAUCGCUAUAAUCUGGAUUUUGUUUGGAACGGUCAUAUUAUCAAUGUUCACAGCCUCGAUCACAUCUGGCCUCAUUACAGCUGUAAUGUCUAAUGAUAUAGCACUUGCAGGGGCAAAGGUGGCAGUAAUAUCGGAAAGCAAAGAAGCCAGCAUCGCAAUAAAGAAGAAUGCCAUUCCAGUCGAUUAUUCAGAAAUCAUUGAAUUGCCGCAAGUACUACAAAGAGGUGAAACAGAGGGGUUAUUACUGGAUACAUACGUGGCUGGCUACUAUCAAAAAUCGUUCGAGAAAUUCCUCUUAGCUGAUGUUAUUGAGUAUGUCUUCACAUAUGGACUGUUGCUGCGCAACAAGGGUAUAUGGAUGGACAGUUGUUUCAGAUUGUAUACGGAGUUCUAUAAGGAUCAGCUGUUUCGCGAUAUAUCCACCUCAAUUGUACCGUUUAAGCCAUUGAAUUAUGGUAAUCAAGCUUCAAAGAAAUCUUCUACUCUCAUUGACUGGACUUCUAGGCCUCUUCAAAUGUUUCUUGCUGGUGUUGGAUUUCUUUUGUUUACAAUGAUUAUAUGCGGGAUUUCUUUGACUAAAUAUCGCAAAUGGAAAAAAUCCGUUGAAAAUAAAGGAAAAAACAACGCCAACCAGCACUGGAAUAGCUCAAAGCAGUUGCAGCUUCAAAGACUGGAACAUAUCAAUGCAAAAUGCUCGGCAUACUAUCACAUGAAAGAGGAGCUCACCAGUUUGGGGAAGUCGAUUGAAGAGCUCAUGAUGCAUGCAGUGGAGGUACAGAACAUCGAGUUAGAGAGGCCUGGACAACUGGGCAGCAAUAUGUACAGUCAGUCAGGAGUUUAGCUGUUAUAGUCAUGUCUGUAGACAGGGUAUCGAGUUAAUUCCUUUUGAAUGGGUCAUAUGUUACUUUACACAAUGAAAGCUGGCAAGUACCCUCUUCGCUGAGGAGUCGACCGCUUAAUAAUGUUGUUAUGUUAUCUGGUACACUGGAUACAAAAACCAAGAAUAUACUUGUGUAGAAAUGGGGAUAAGCAGGGAGCAGAGACGUUGGAGCGAAGAAGCAGUGAGUUGAGAAGCGGAGAUUGGAGAAGCAGAGAUCGGAGAAGCUGGAGCGGAGAAGCAGUGAGGUGAGAAGCGGAGAUUGGAGAAGCGGAGAUGAAGAAGCGGAGAGCAGAUAAGUAGGAAGAGGGGAAGCAGAGGCAUGAAACGUAGUGACUUACGUAUCAGUAAAAAUUUGAAACACUAUUCACAUAACGAAUGACCAAAUAGUUCUAAGUGCCACCAUACCACCUGCGAUAAACUGUUUAAGGGUUAUGAAAAUCUUUACUUGAAUUUCAUGAUUUGGAGGGAGGGGGUUAAAAUCUAGGGACAUGAACAAUUUAGAUA